CUUCAGACCAUCCAUGCCGUAUAUAGCAACCAGUCCUGCUUCAGGCACUGGUUGCGCCCGAAUCUCCGUAAAUCUCGCAUAAGCUUACAACGGCCCUCACAUACACCCUGCUUUCCGUUCUUCUUUGCCCUUGCCGCUCAUUUCGCGGCGUUGCUUGCAUUCACUCAUUCUAGCAGCCUUGUGACGAUCAUGUCUACCCCCAAAGCCAUCCUAAUCACCGCUGCCUCGGGCAACAUCGGCACCCAGCUGGUCCCACUACUCUUAUCUCAGAAUCCCCCGCCGAAACUUGUCUUACCUACGAGGAACGCGGAGAAACUGAGGACUGCAUUUCCCUCAAUCUCCAAGGCUGGAGGUAACGUCGUCAUCCCAGAGGGCACCGUACAAGACCCAAUCUGGUUUCAGUCCAUUAUCCACGACAAUCAUGUCGACACCGUCUUUCUGUGCCUCACCGGUGCCGACGAGCUCUACUCCUCCCUCAACGGCCUGGACGCCAUUACUCGCGCCGGCACGGUGAAGAAAGUCAUCUUCCUCUCCAUCAUCGGCGACUUCACAUCUGAUCAGGGCUUCAAAGAAACCAUGCGCACCCGUGCAUACCCUCACCUGUUCGCGAAGGUGUUGAUCGAGCAGAGACUGCUGAAUGCCGAGUACCCCUUCGAAUGGACCGUUCUUGGGCCUACGCUCUUCUUCACAAACGACAACUUUAUGAAAGCCCACAUUAUGCAAAAGGGCGAGAUAACUUCUCUCUCCAAACACGGAGUCAACAAGAUCUCGCUUUCGGACAUCGCGUUGGCCGUCCGGAAUGUUGCGUACGACACGAGUGGAGCGUGGAAUCGCAAGAAAAUCCAGCUGGGGACGGAACGGCUUUUCACCGGCGCGGAGAUUACGCGACUGUGGUCCGAGGCACUAGGUAAGCCGUUGAAGCCAGGCUAUGCGACGAAAAAAGCCAUGGCGCAGGUCGAACUGGGCAUGAGGGCUGCAUAUCAGUCGAGCGUGGAAGGCAUGCAGCUGGCGCGCUCGCGGAGGAUUGUACAUGAGUAUCUUGAAGACUAUGGCAUGUCAAUGUCGGAGAGCGAGUAUGAGGAGCAGGUAAAGCUACUUGGGAAGGAGCCUGAUUCGUACGAGCUUUUCGUCAAGGAGACGGCGCAGAAGUGGUUGAGCGACGAGAGUGCGGCCUGAAUGGAAGACUUCUAUCCUAUCUCGACAAUCGCUAAAUUCAACGUUCCCUUCGAUCAAGCAAAGCAGGAGCACAUCUCACGGGCUCACUCGCCACAAUCUCCACCUGCCCCCGCCUCGACUUCCACGUCCUCUUCCACCGAAACGGCAAACUUCUCCUCUUCCGCCUUCCUGUCUCCGCCUCCAACCUCGCCCUCUCGUCCGCCUUCUGGCCCCAGAAAUCCUUGCCGUGCGCCGGCAUGCCGUAGCUGACUUUCCACCUCCACUCGUGGAAUUGGAUCUUUUGACUCGCUUCUACCUGUGUGAGGAGGUUUGUGCGUAGGGUUUGGCAGGUGGGACAAAGGGAGGGGAGGUUCCAACUUUGGUAGGGGUGGGAUGUUGGGGUGCAGGGG